UUUUUUUCUUUCUCUAGAUACUCCCAUUUCCCCCCUCUGUUUUGUCAAUUUCAUUCCAAAUUACAUUUGAAUGAAUCUGCAAGUGUAUUUGAAAUUCUUUCAAGUCACAUGAUUCGGAGACCUCUGAGCAGGAUUGAGCUGAAAUUGGAAGAUCUGAGUGAAUUUGACUCAAUAAAAAAAGAAAUACUUGGUACAAGUGCCUCAAAAGAGGUGACAAGUGCCAGUAACACAGAGAAGCAUAAACUUGAUAACAUCAGGAGAAGAAUUGGAUUGUUCAGACCACAUCCGAGACCAUUGAAUUUCCAAUAGUUCAGGUAUAGGGUAAGCAUGAGCAGCUCAGAGGAAGUGUCAUGGAUUUCUUGGUUUUGUGGUCUGAGGGGAAAUGAGUUCUUCUGUGAGGUGGACGAGGAUUACAUUCAGGACAAAUUCAACCUCACAGGUCUGAAUGAACAAGUUCCUCACUAUAGGCAAGCACUGGAUAUGAUCCUUGACCUUGAACCUGAUGAGGAAUUGGAGGAUAAUCCAAAUCAGUCUGACCUAAUUGAGCAGGCAGCAGAGAUGCUGUAUGGGCUCAUACAUGCACGAUAUAUUUUGACUAAUCGAGGAAUUGCCCAGAUGAUUGAGAAAUACCAAGCAGGAGAUUUUGGUCAUUGUCCAAGAGUUUACUGUGAGAAUCAGCCUCUCCUUCCAAUUGGGCUUUCAGAUGUCCCUGGAGAAGCAAUGGUGAAACUGUACUGUCCCAAGUGCAUGGAUGUUUACAACCCGAAAUCCUCACGUCAUCAUCACACGGAUGGUGCAUACUUUGGAACUGGCUUCCCUCACAUGCUGUUCAUGGUUCACCCAGAAUACAGACCAAAGCGGCCUGCAAAUCAGUUUGUGGCUAGGCUGUAUGGUUUCAAGAUUCAUCCCCUCGCAUACAACAUCCAACUUCAAGCAGCAGCAAAUUUCAAGGCUCCUAUGCGCACCAUCUCAUCCUACAAUAAUAGUGGGAAGCGAUGAAUCUUGCAAACCCUUCACUCCCAUUGUGUCAUUUGAAUUUGCAUUCAAGUCAGCCUCCCACAUCACCUAAAACUCACAUUUACUCUUGAGAUAAUUACUGUAGGCCUAUUCUUUUUUCAUGCAAGGAUCAUAUUAAGGGUAAACUAGCCCUGGUUGAGAAGUGGAAAUGGAAAAUUGAACUUCCGAUCAACCCUGUAUUUUCGUAUGUUUAUUUUCUUGUAGUGGUACUUCUCCCACCCUCCCCUGUGACAUGAAUAAAGGCUAAGAGGUGACUUCUUCCAUUUACAAACUCUGUAUCCUGUUAACAGUGAUGAUCCAAAGACUAGGGUAUGACAGUGACUGAUAUGGGUAUGACUUGAAUGACUGCCUCCUACUCUUGCUGUAAAUGCAAUGAAGACAAAUGAAGCAACUCUUUGAUGUAUUAAACUGCUGGAACUUGCUCUUGUGUGAUACCUCAAAGUAGAACUGAGUGACUCAGGAAGCUGGAAUUUGUGUGAAAGUUGUGUUUUAAUUAAUCUUCUGAAUGAAACACAUUAGAGACCCAC